AUGACAUCCUCAGGCAGUGGUUGGAAGAAGACUAGGAACCGGAUUAGCAUCUCCCAGUGGGUUCCAGUAUGCAGCGGAUUAGUACCUGUGUGUCCCACACAGGGACAGUGUGGCAGGGCUCUGUCUGGCGUUUCCCAGUGGCCUCAGACGAGCCAGUCCCUAGCGUGUGGUGGAUCAGAACAGAUUCCUGGAACAGACAUGCAGCUGAGUAGGAAGUUUCACACCACAAAUAAGCUUUGUACUACCAAGGAUUCUCCACAGUCUGUUGAGGAGAAGGUUGGUGCCUUCACGAAGAUAAUAGAAGCCAUGGGAUUCACAGGACCUUUGAAAUACAGUAAAUGGAAGAUUAAGAUUGCAGCCCUGCGCAUGUAUACUAGCUGUGUGAAGAAAACUGACUUCGAGGAAUUCUUUCUAAGGUGUGAGAUGCCUGAUACAUUCAAUUCAUGGUUUCUUAUAACUCUUCUUCACGUCUGGAUGUGUCUAGUCCGAAUGAAGCAGGAAGGCCGGAGUGGGAAAUACAUGUGUCGCGUCAUAGUUCAUUUUAUGUGGGAGGAUGUUGAACAGCGUGGCAGAGUCAUGGGGGUUAAUCCCUAUAUCCUGAAGAAGAACAUGAUGGCUAUGACAAAUAAUUUCUAUGCAGCAAUCUUGGGAUAUGAUGAGGGCAUCCUUUCAGAUGAUCACGGGCUGGCUGCCGCCCUCUGGAGAACCUUCUUCAACCAGAAAUGUGAAGACCCUCGACAACUUGAAUUAUUGGUGGAAUAUGUGAGGAAACAGAUUCAGUACCUGGACUCCAUGAAUGGUGAGGAUCUGCUUCUGACAGGGGAGGUGAGCUGGCGCCCUCUGGUGGAGAAGAAUCCUCAGAGCAUCCUGAAGCCCCAUUCCCCAGUUUAUAACGACGAGGGUCUUUGAUGGGCUUGACCCUCUGAAGAGCUGGCCAGCUGACUUUGAAGAACCACCAGGAGAGAGGUGCCUGUUUGGCUCAGGACCCUGAAAAAAGUGGCCUGAACUGACCUACGAACCGCGUCUGUCAAACACCUGGCCCCAUUUGUGUUGCUUCUCCUCUUCGUGUGUGCCCAGGCAUCCGAUCUGGUUGGGUACAGUGCUGGGAGAAGCUCUUCUGGGGUGUCCUCUUCCUCAAGAGAAGCCCUGAGCAAGAGCCCCCAGCACAUAUUCCCCAAGUCAAGUGCCCUCUCACAACCUUGUGACUGACAGCUUUUCCCAAAGGCCGUGGAAGGGAUGGAGGCAGGUUAGAAAGGGGACACCCCCACCAAGGGCCCACGGUGGCCUAUGAGUUGUUCUUAAUGCUGCUGAGUCAAGACACAUUAACCAUGCUCUGUCCCCUGGCUUUGAGCCUUGGGAUUGAGUUGGCCAUUAAAGGAAACAGAGAUUUUACUCUGCCAUGACUCUUUAUUCCAGGGUCUUUUAGAAAUUUAGCUGAGGUAGCAGAUGCUGUAAGCUGAGGCGUAUUCCCCAGCUCAGAGAUGGGGAUGGGGAGAGGGUCAGGAGAGUCUCUGCUGCUGCUUCUGCCUCCAGUUCAUGGAGGUGUCACCAUUCUGACCAAGCCACAGCCUGCCAUUCUGUCCUCUGGGGCCCCAGAGGCCUCUGAUGGCCAAGGGCUUGUCAUAUCCCAAGUCAUUUGGAUAGAGGCCUCAAGAACAAAGGACCCUUUGUCACCCUCCAGUGAACCGGUGAGGAACAUGCUGUUUUUCGUCUCUUGCUUCCUCUCUUAUACUAGGUUCUGGGGGAAAGAGGAGAACAGUCUUCCUGGCUUAGUUGUGCCAUCCCAGGACCCAGCCCUGUGCCCAGCUUUCUACGCUCUUCCUGACUUCUGGAGCGUGUGCUGCAGAGCCACUGCGGUCUGAGCACUUGAGGACCUGUCCCCUCCUCCCGCUGAGUAUAGGUCAUCUCUUGGGGGAUUUUCUUUAACUUGAAGAAAGGGGGCGGGGAACCAUAUUGCCCCUCCCUCCCCCCAUCAAACUUCCUUCAUUUAACUUGCUAUAAAAUGAGUCAUAUAAAGAAACUCUAUAUGGGUGAGGUAUAUCCCACUUCUGUGAAAACAUUACAAAUCAAACCGCCUUCUCUAAGUUUAUUUAAGAUGCUUUUGUUGCGAGUGGAGCUCUAGAGUGAAGCCUCCUCUGUGUGUGUGAGAUAAUAACACCUUGUAACUCAUUACAGCUGGGCACUAUUUACAUAAACCAGAGCUGAGCCAGGCAGGAAUUUGCUGAUUAAUUUAUUUUUAAUGGAGUGAAGUAUACCAUGCACCAAAAUAAACUUUACUGUGUGUACCUAACUGCUCCUGGAA